AAAACAGACAGACACACACACACACACACACACUCAGAAAUCACGGCUGGCUGGAGCUCAGGCCUGUAGGACGCAGGAAACCAGAAUGGAUUAAAGGGUUCAUGCUUGACAGAUUUUUCUACUUUCCAAAAAAAUAUACAUAUUUAUUAAUUUAUGAACAUUGUAACUAUGGCAACCGGGUUAUUAUGGAAGCGCGCGCUGUCGGACCGCAGCUCGGUGCAGCUGUGACUUUAUUCCUGAGCACUGGGAGCAUGUCCAUGUCGCUUACUGCGGAGAGCUGAUUAGUGCCACAGAGUUCUUCUUCCGCUUUUUUUUUCUUUUUUCUUUUUCUUUUUUGCACUGUUGCAAAGUGCACGUGCACGUCCGGUGUGUUCCGGUCCAAGAAAUGCGCGCGGUUCGGUUCCUCCGCCUGUGCGCGCUCGCCGUGUGUGUGUGUGUGUGUGUGUGUACAGGAGAGGACGGGUCCUGCCAUGGAGCUUUUGAUUUAUACUUUGUGCUGGACAGGUCUGGCAGUGUGUCCACCAACUGGCGGGAGAUAUAUAAAUUUGUGGAGCAGCUAACCAAUCGCUUUGUAAGCCCGAAGAUGAGGGUUUCGUUUAUCGUGUUCUCCUCGAGCGCAGACGUCAUUCUCCCCCUCACCGGAGACAGGGCUGCUAUAGACAAAGGUUUGGAGCUUUUGAGUAAAAUCAGACCUGCUGGUGACACCUACAUGCACGAGGGCCUGAAAAAGGUUAUAGAGCAGAUGAACGCUCAGAGCACUAGAGCAUCGAGCAUCGUCAUCGCACUGACUGAUGGGAAACUGGGCAUCUACCCACACGAGCUCGCAGUGCAGCAGGCUGAUCUAGCGAGACAGUAUGGAGCCCGUGUUUACUGUGUAGGAGUGACUGACUUCGACGUCCUGCAACUUGUCGAUAUUGCAGACAGCAAAGAUCAGGUGUUUCCUGUGCUGGAUGGAUUCCAGGCGCUCAAGUCGAUCGUGAAUUCUAUUUUAAAGAAGUCCUGCGUAGAGAUCUUUAACGUCGAGCCUUCCAGCGUUUGUGUGAACGAAACCUUCAACAUUGUUCUAAGAGGGAGGGGCUUUACUCAGGGGCGGAGCUCAGAGGGCGUGGUCUGUACGCUCUCUGUGAAUCAACAGGAAGCCUACAAUGAGAAGCCGAGCGUUGUGAAGGACACUUAUGUGCUGUGUCCGGCUCCGCUGUUGACCGAAGUUGGACACUCAGUUGAAGUGCUGAUUAGCUUUAAUUCCGGCCACUCCUUCGUUUCAAGUCCGAUUACAAUCCACGCCACCAAGUGUUCCAAUGGCCUGGUGGUGUUUGUGGUUCUCCUGGUUCUGCUGCUGCUCAUGGCUCUGGUUCUGCUUUGGUGGUUCUGGCCGCUCUGCUGCACUGUGGUCAUUAAAGAUCCUCCACCUUCUCGACCUCCUCCUCCACCUCCUCCGCUUAUCGAGCCGGAGGAAGAUCCCCUACAGAAGAAGAAAUGGCCCACUGUGGAUGCGUCGUAUUACGGAGGCCGGGGAGUCGGUGGGAUCAAACGCAUGGAGGUUCGUUGGGGAGGAAAAGGCUCCACUGAGGAAGGAGCACGGCUGGAGAAAGCCAAAAAUGCUGUAGUCACAGUGCCUGAGGAGGAGGAACUGGAGGAGCCCAUUGUAAAAGCUCCUCGCAGGCCACCACCUCCCCAUCCACCCCCACCUCCAUCUAAAUGGUACACCCCGAUUAAGGGCCGUUUCGACGCUCUGGGAGCUUUACUACGGCGACAGUACGACCGAGUCGCUGUGAUGAGACCUACAGCACAUGACAAGGGUCGCUGCAUUAAGUUCACAAGGAUUCAGAGUCACUAGUUCACUCACUGUGUGCCUUUCUAUUGUGUUUUUUUACACUGUUUUGUAUACGCUAUGCUCUGCCUUUAGAUGACUGUACAUGAUAUAAAGUUCACAUUUUUAUUGGUCACUUCUGCUGAUUUUAUGCACUUGUGCCUUAGUUUGACCUGUUUUUCUGUAGAGUUUUACUAUAGCAAGAACAGAACUCAAAUUACACCUAAUUAAUAUUUAUUAGUAAAGUGAAAACUGAUCUUUAGAUCAUUUUCUCAGUGCAACUGAACAAUAUGUUGGCAGUUUUAUCCUGAACAUAAUUCAAUGAAGAUCAUUCAUUGAGGAAAAAAACACUGUUUUAUUUAGAUAAUCAUUCACAUUCAUUCACAAAGUAGAAUUACACCAGAUGAUGCUCCA